AUGGGAAACAUCAAUAAUGAAAAAUUGACAAAAGAUAAAAUUGAAUCAUUGGAAUAUGAAAGCAAAAGUGUUCAAAAGAUAUUAAUAGACUACAUUGAAUGGUCUAACAUUUUAACUGACGUUAAUGAUGAUUCUGUCAAUUGUUUGAAAAAUGAAGCUGAAAGAAAGGGCAUGGAAAUUGAAAUUAUUAGACCUGAAUAUGGUCUUGCAGCUAUUGAGUUAAAUAAAAUAUUAAUGACAGCACUGCUUCAAGACCAUCUUUAA